GUGCUGCAAGGCAGUUUUUACAAAAUGAUGGGAGGCAGUGAGAGUGGCAGUGGAGACAAGGAUGGAGUCCACACUGUGGCAAUACAAGUCCCCAUUGGCUGGCAGAGGAGAGCAAAGGAUGGGCUUGUGGUGUAUGUCAGGUAAGCAAGUUCAGUAACACAGACGGGUAUAAUACUUUUUAUACUUGUGUUAUGAGCAUAUAAGAGCCAUUAUCAUGUUGUUUUCAUUUCCCAAAAGCUGGUCUGGAGCAGGGAAUUGUAAAAUAUAUUUUAUUUCCCCUUUAUUUAAUCACUAAUCUCCUGCAUCCCUGUCCAUUCCUGCAGUCCAAGUGGCGCAGUCCUGUCUUCACUGGAGGAGGUUAAGUCAUAUCUGUUGACCGAUGGCACAUGCAAGUGUGGCCUGGAGUGUCCGCUGGUCAUCCACAAGGUAUAGUAGACCUAACUCCUCCCUCUACAUCUCACUUUUAUCGUCUCACAUCCGGUUUUGACUGGGGUUUGCUGAAUGUAUGUCCCUUUAUUGUCUCUGCAGGUGUUUAACUUUAGCCUAGGGGUCAAAGUUCAGCAGCACAGCCAGCCGGUGGGGAAGGCAGAGCAGGACAUGACAAAGCUCUGUAACCAUCGGCGGAAAGUGGUUGCUAUGGCAGCGCUCUGUCGCAGUAUGCAGGCUUCACAGCUGCCCAAUGUUGCCCGUCACACAGGUAAAUACAGUGCCUUCAGAAAGUAUUCACACCCCUUGACUUUGUCCACAUUUUGUUGUUACAAAAUGCGAUUAUAAUGGAUUUAAUUGCCAUUUUUUGUCAAUGAUCUACACAAAAUACUUUAAUGUCAAAGUGGAAGAAAAAUUCUAACAUUUGUAUAAACAUUUUUUUAUAUUAACAAUAAAACACUCAUAUCUUGAUUAGAUAAGUAUUCAACCCCCUGAGUCAAUACAUCACCUUUGGCAGCGAUUACAGCUGUGAGUCUUUCUGGGUAAGUCUCUAAGAGCUUUGCACACCUGGAUUGUACAACAUUUGCACUUUUUUUUUUAUUCUUCAACCUCUGUCAAGAUGAUUGUUGAUCAUUGCUAGACAGCCAUUUUCAAGUCUUGCCAUAUAUUUUCAAGCCGAUUUUUAAGUCAACACUGUAACUAGGCCACUCAGGAACAUUCAAUGUCGUCUUGUUAAGCAACUCCAGUGUAUAUUUGGCCUUGUGUUCUAGGUUAUUGUCCUGCUGAAAGGUGAAUUUGUCUCCCAGUGUCUGUUGGAAAGCAGACUGAACCAGGUUUUCCUCUAGGAUUUGACCUGUGCUUUGCUCUAUUCUGUUUCUUUUUAUUGCAAACAUGAUGCAUGUUUUGGAAUAUGUGUGUUCUGUACAGGCUCCCUUUUCACUCUGUCAAUUAGGUUAGUAUUGUGGAGUAGCUACAGUGUUGUUGAUCCUCAGUUUUCUCCUAUCACAGCCAUUCAACUCUGUAACUGCUUUAAAGGCACCAUUGGCCUCAUGGUGAAAUCCCUGAGCGGUUUCCUUCCUCUCUGGCAACUGAGUUAGGAAGGACACCUGUAUCUUUGUAGUGACUUGGUGUAUUGAUACACCAUCCAAAGUGUAAUUAAUAACUUCACCAUGCUCAAAGGGAUAUUCAAUGUCUGCUUUAUUUGUAUUUUUACCCAUUUACCAAUAGGUGCCCUUCUUUGGAAGUUAUUGGAAAUCCUCCCUGGUCUUUGUGGUUGAAUCUGUGUUUGAAAUUCACUGCUCGACUGAGGGACCUUACAGAUAAUUGUAUGUGUGGGGUACAGAGAUGAGGUAGUCAUUAAAAAAUCAUGUUAAACACUAUUAUUGCACCGAGUCCAUGCAACUUAUUAUGUGACUUGUUAAGCAAAUGUUUACUCCUGAAUUUAUUUAGGCUUGCCAUAACAAAGGGGUUGAAUACAUUUUCACUUAUUGAAACAUUUAGAAAAACAUAAUUUCACUUUGACAUUAUGGGGUAUAAUUUAAUCCAUUUUACAUUUGGUUUGUAACACAACAAAAUGUGGAAAAAGUCAAGUGGUGUGAAUACUUUCUGAAGGCACUGUAUCAGCGCAAAAACCCCAGAAUAGAUCUAAUGUAACAGAAAUGAAGUACUUUCAGGAUCAUUAAACAGCUAUUGAUGGUUAGUUACCAAUUUUUUACCAUUGUGCUAUUCAAAUAUUGCUCUCAGAAAUGUAAAUAAUCAUGUUGGUUAGGGCUGUGACGAUUAUGGAAUUUUGGAUAACAAUGAAUUGUCACGCAAAUUGCCAUGGUUAUUGUCAUAAUUGCCAUUUUAGGUGAAAAAUGUUUUGAGCUUAUAAUGUAUAUUAAUACUGCAUCUUUGAAAAUUAGCUACGACAUACCUAAUGAAUACAACACAGCUUUGGUGACACCCGUCUCAAAAACAAAUUGUUUUGACCGCUUGGAACUUUUGGAAAGGAAGCUUCUCCUGACCAUGCUGUUUUUUUCCGUAAAAUGAUUAGGCUACCAACUUCAUGUGAAAAUUAAAACUGCUAUUGGGUAAACUAUAUAUACUUGAAAAUAAAGUUGAAUCUCACCCCCUACUAAAAUGAAUGUAUUAAGAGGAUUAUGGUUAUUGUCCAUAAUUGUCGGCUACACAAUUAUACAGUUAUUGUGCCAGCCCUAAUGUAGAUUUCUGUUGUUGUUUCAGAGGUUACCAGUGGCAUUGUGGAGAACAGAGAUCCUAAGAGGAUGAGAGUGGACAGGGAAGAAAAAGAAUGUGGCACUUACACCUCCAAACACCAUCUAGUCCAAUCCAGGCCCAACACUAACCUCCACCCCAACUCUUGUGGCAGUCCUAAAAAUUCUCCCCAACUUGUGUAUUCUUACAAUGGUUCCUCACCCCUCUCACACAAUAGCACUAACUCUUAUCACUCUCCUGAGAUUCUGAGGAGACUGCCACCUCCUCUCAAUCUCCCCCCCAACACCUCUCCAUUCUCCAGCUACGGGGCACCUCAGAGGUCCCCACGCACACCAACGCCUCAGAACCUCAGUCAGGGUCAGAGGGCACCACAGACUCCAGAAGCCCCCAGAUCUCCUCAUAUGGGGCCCCUCUCUCCCCCUCCUCCCUCCUCCCCUGGGACACUGGGGAGGGGAGGGCAGAGUCAUCAACAUGGUAUCAUUGUUGGGUCUCCCCUGUCCCCCUCGUUUUCUCCCUCUCCCUCUGUGAGUAUGAACUGCCCCUCUCCCCGCCAGCGCUCACGCCACCCCUCCGCCUCUUCCUCUCACUCUGAGCAGGGGGUGGGAGGGGUGGUGCUUGGCAGCUAUCCCCCCAAAAGGAUAUCCUCUUCCUCCCCACACUCUCCUAUACCAGGCGGGUCCCCUAACCUCCAUUUCUCCAAAUACAAGCUUGAGGACAUCCUAGAGCAGUUUAAGAACUCAGGCAACAGUAGCACUAAUAACCACAUCCUUCACCCAAACUCACUGAGCAACCAAAACAAUCCUCAGAUCCUCUCUCUAGCGCUUGAAACGGUUGGGAAGCCUACAAAGGCACCUGCUUCUGCCUCAGGCAUGGAGAUCAGUGCUGGUCCUUCUGGUUUGCCUCUUGGACAGUUCUUGAACCACCAGAAGCAACCACACCCAGCUUCUUUUCCUGCCAGUAGCCUCCUUUCGGCAGCAGCCAAGGCCCAGCUGGCCAGCCAGAUGACCCACAACCAGAGCUCCAAUUCGCGCAGCAUCCUCAGCUCUGCCCUCUCUUUGGAGGUCUCGAGGGAGUCUCAGCAGUCGAAGGUAACAAACAGCACUUUACAAAACAGCCAUCCCUCAAUCGCUAGGCCCCUCCCUGCAGCCUCCCCCCUGCUUCCCCACCCCUGCGCCCCCCUCUCCCAGCCCCUAGCCUCCAGUCCCCUUCACAUCUCCCGUACGGACCGGACAUCCCACAGGAAGCGGCAGCGGCGUUCGCCCACAGUGUUCAGCAUGCUGAAGGAGUCCCAGAUGAGCGGUCCCAGAAUCCCCAGCAAUGUGCUCAACCUUUCCUCAUUGCACUCUCAACCCUCCUCUACCUCAGCCUCGCCCUACCCCGCUAUGUUAGAGAACCACCUACAGGCCCUAAGGCUCUCAGUCCGGCACUCUGGCACACUCUUAGGGCCCCAGAAGCAUCCUGAUGGCGCCCUGGACUUCACUACAAUCAUGGCAGGUCAACCGGAUCCCCCGACACAGCCUCUCUCCGCACUGCUUCACCUGCUCAGUGUGCAGAACGCUCAAGCCGCUGGAAUCCAGCCCGGCUCUGGACACGGUACAGGAGGCAUGAGGCAGAGCCCCAGGCAGUCUCCCUCUCCCUCCCAUUUAAACAUCAGACCAUUCCCCAUGCAGUCCCCCUCUCAUCACAGUACCACGCAAGGCCCGUCACAGCCUCUCUCUCCCUCUCAGUCAAAGUCCAGGCGAGAAAAUGCACAGUCUCCGUCUCGACCACAUACGAGGACCAGUCCCAAACAGAGACUGUCUCCCUCCAUGGCCCCGUCCAACGCUCAGUCAGCACACUAUCGCAGUAGCCCCUCGCCCACCCCACACACCCCUGAUAGGCUAUGGCAGGCCCAAAACCAACCUAUGGAUGCCACCACCAUCCAGUCACCCAUGGGCCAGGCCUUGCCUGAAGUCAGUGAAUCAAUGGAGAUGGAGAGCAUGUCAACACUAGGCCCUGGUCUCAACAGCACCCCCACCUCCAACCAUAGCAGCAGCGUCACCAGCUACAGUAGCACCACCUCCCCCAGACCCCUGGAUCUCAGUAACCACAUGCUGGCACUGCUAGCAGCCUCUUCCACCACACCUCUGGGGGAGGGGGGCCUGGACAGAACCACCGGCAACAACACUGCAGGUGAGGAUGAGCCUUUUAUAAUGUCUCUAACUAGGUGAAAUCAUGGAAUAUAAUAUGUUGUAUUGUCACAUACACCGGAUAGGUGCAGUGAAAUGUGUUGUUUUACAGGGUCAGCAAUAGUAGUACCGCGCCCAUGGAGAAAAUUAGGUUAAGUGCCUUGCUCAAGGGCACAUCAACAGAUUUUACACCUUGUUGUCUCGGGUAUUCAAACCAGUGACCUUUCAGUUACUGGCCCAACGUUCUAACUGUUAGGCUACCUGCAGCCCUAGGAAAAUACAUAGAUUUUUCAUUAGAUGUGUUAAUAGUUGUUGAGUACUGUGCGUUUAAAAAAAGAACUUUCCUCAUUCCGUUAAUCCUGGUUCUCUCUAAUCCUCUCUAGGGGUGCAAGAGCCUCAGAGUGUUGAUCAUCAGGGCCCCACAGUGACCAAACCCCCAGGAGGCUGUAGUCCCGGCCCCUGCAACCCCCCGGCCCUGGGGGACUCCACUGGCUCCUUACCCCUUGCUGAAGCCUUCCCCUUCAUGAGCCAGGAGCAGCUCCUCCAGCUUCUGUCGGCCACGGCCGGCCUGCCCUCCCUCCUGGACCCCACCAUCCUGGGCUCUCUGCCCCUGGGCCUGUGGAUUGGCGGUCAGCAGGGUCACCUCCCCAUCUCCAACACCCUUCAGCAAAACCAUCAAUUGCCCGAUCAACAAUCAGAACAACAACUACUGUUACAGCAUGAACAACACCAAGAGCAACAACAGAAACAACAACAACAGACUGCCCAUCUGAACCACAACUUUCCAUUUAGCUUAUUCCCCUGUCUAAUGGGAGGUCAGGGAGAGCUGCCUCUGAAUCUCCUGGGCCUGUUGAACCCAUUACUACCCCCCUCUGCCUCCCCUACCCCAGGCCAGGAGUGUGAUCUGGGGAUGGGGGAGAAACUGGGCCUCCAGGCUCUCCUCAUGGCCUCCCUGCUACUAGGCCAGCAGCAGGCUGCAAUGUUGCCCCUGUCUGGGCUUGGCCAGCUGAGCCUGGACCUCCCCUUCCGGCAGCAGCAGCACAUCCCAGCCCUGUUGGAUGGUUUGACUCUGGAUAAAGGGUCUGGACUCCUGGACCCGUCGUCCCUCCCUGGCCCCGGGCUCCUUGAGGCCCUCCAGGGCCUGUUUCCCCCAGCCGAGGGGCCCCUCCAGGCCCUGCAGUCGCUCCUGCUCUCUGCCCCCCUGCCUCCCCCAGCCUUCCUCUCCCUCAGCCCUGAUCUGCUAACCGCUGCCCUGGGCUCUACUGGCCUCCCGCCUGCCCCUCAGCUCCCCCCAACACAGCAACCCCAACAACCCCCACCUCCGGUAGGUUCUCUCCCUGAGCCUGGUCCUCCUACCCUGUAGUUUCCCCUUGUCAAAGAGUUAAUACUUUCUGUAUUAGAGAUGUCAGUCUGAUGUUUUGAUCCUGUCUCCAUCCAGGUGUCAGCUUCAGGCCCUGAUGGGGGGAUGGACACCCUAAUCCCCCUGUCUGUCCAGGGAAAGGACAACCCUGUCCUCCACCAGUUACUGCCCACUCUCCUCAACCCAGGGGUUCUAGGUUAGUCACAGCAACAUUCAUUUACACUGCUAUAAAUAUCAAGGUUUUGUUGCCUAUUACACAUGUGGAAUCAUAGUUAGUAUUUUCUGUUACAUUUCACUCUAUGAAUAGUGAAUUAUUUACAAACUUGGGGAACAUCUACAACAAAGCUAUAUCUUGUACAUUACCCACAUAUUGCUUAGAAUGUAACUUUAUCCCAUUCACAAACUGUUUUGAUGAUGAACCAUGUGUCUUUGUAGGAGACCUGUCUGCUCUGACCAGCCUCCACAGUCUUCUGGGGCUAGGUGCAGGCCCUCUCUUCCUGCCCCCCGUACAGGCCUCUGCCAUGGGCAUGCCUUUGCUCCAGGGCCCUGAUGGGGCCAUCAACCUCCUCAACAACAUCCAGGUACUUGUUGUAUUCCACUUUUUUUUUUUUUUUUUCAUAGUGGGGCAGUCCCACUCCUUUUGUUAUUUUUUUGCUUUAUUGAAGGGAGAGUAAAAUGUUGGAAAGGCCGGGGGAGGGAGGGGGACUAAAAUGGCAGUGGGACGGAUUCGAACCAAUGCCUACUCUGGCAUACAUGUGUGCCGGGGUCAGAGGCUGUAACCGUUGGACCAAGCAAGCCACUGUAUUCCACUCCUGACACAAGCCUUGUCCUGUGAUUUGAAAUGUCUGUAUCUUCCUUCUUCAGCUCAACAUGGCACCGCCCUCAGAGGGAGAAAAGCCAAUCUCCUUACAGGAAACAGACAGUUCCGCCCCUCUGGAGGAUAUUCUAGCCAAUCGGCUUACCCCAGAGACUGUGCCCAGCCCCUGUCCCGCCCCGGCCCUCGUGUCCCAGCGUGGAGAGGGCUCCGUGGGGAGCGUCCUGGACCCCUAUGCCUCCUUCAUGGACACUAUCUACACCUCCUUCCUCCAGGUCAGUGCUAAAGAGCAGGAAGCAGUUCAGUCUGGGGCGGAUGCCUUCUGUGCCUUACCGCCCUCCUAUCCUGGGGAGCGCCGUGCCUCCUCCGCUCCCCUCCCUCAGGCCAGUGCCCCCUUCUCCCUGAGCCCCCGGCAGGCCUGCACCCUGAGGAACCCAGACCUGUCCCGGCUCAAUAUGGAGGCGGCUCACUCCCCGGCUCAGGGUACCCCCAAACCCAGCGACGAUGGCUCCACCACACCCCCGCAGAGCAAGUCGGAGUUCCCAGAGGGUCACACUAACCCUCCUCUGCCUCCCAUCUACCUGGAGGAAGCCAAGACAGACUCGUACAGCCAGGCUGUGUCAAAUCGGCAGGGGGACAGACCCCAGGCAGGGGGGUACCAGAGUCCCAGAGACGGGGGCAGCCACCCUAAGGAGGAGACAGGGGGUCUGCAGCACACGGAGCAGGGCAGGGUGAGUCUGGCUGCUGUUUCCUUUAGUUGGUUGUCCUGAUUUAAACACAGUCAUAAAGGAUCCCUAAAACCUUCCUCCAAGCCCUAAGGAUGUAUUUUUUAAAAACUACUGCAUGGCUAAAAAUGCAAAUCCGCCACAAUAUUGCGUAUUACAUUACAAGCAGUGAAAGAUGUAAUUUGUGCCUUAUUGAUUUCAGUGCCCUUUUUCCCUUUCAGAACCAAACUGCACAAAUGGGGGGAGCCAGAAGAGGCAGGAAGAGGAAACAAACGUGAGCUAGUUUUGGCACCGAUUUACCAUUCUGCCCAUCUUCUCGAUGGCACUUAUAACACUGCCACUUUUCCUUAGAACAAUUAAAUGUAAUACCAGUGUAAAUAUACUGAUAUUACUGUGUGUGUGUGUGUUUUUCAGGCUACAGAAUGUGCUAGAGGACUUCAGAGAACUGGAUGCUCCUGCCCUAGAGGAACCUAAACCCACGGUAAAACACUAGACCACCCAACAACCCUUAACUUCAUUGGACGUAUUAUAUCAGUGCGUGUUGCGUCAUCUCAGUUUCUAACAGCAGUGCAAUUUGUCCCUUAGUGUCUGCCGUCCAGACUGCUAAUGAUGAUGUGUUGUGUGUCUGUUGUAGGUGGUGCUGCUGAAGCCUGAGAGGUCGGUCCGGGGCAGGAGGCGGCGGGGAGCCAGGUCCCAGAGACAGUGA